UUCCUCACUUGUCUGCCACGUCAUAACAUCGCCCCCUGUGCCACUGUAAUUUCACCGAAGCACUUUUAAUCAAAUGAAGCAACUCUGACUCCGGUGAUGCUAAUUGCAGUAAGUCAGACCUGUUAUUGGCUCUGUUGGUUGCCGGUAUCUGGCGACAGUGCCAGCGUUUUCGCUAUCUACAUCUGAGUGCUUUUGAAAAUAGGUGCUCAGUCGGUUUCAUUUCGUUAGCAAUCUCUUGUGCGCGUUAAUCUUAUUAUCAUUGCAUAUUUAACAGAAAGAAUUUCACGACGCAGUACACUCUCUCCUGUGCAGUGGACACUAGUGGUACCUUGAAGGUGUUUAGUUCGAUCUCCUCAAAUGAUUUAGUCUUUGCUGCCAGCCUAAUACUCAGGCAAGACGUGUAGUGAGCCGCAAGUAGAAGGGAGUUGGUGGUUGCAGAGUUACUUGCUGGUCGCACGAAAGUUGUCUAGUAAGAUUGAAGUAACGCGCGGGAAGGUUCACUGUAGCUUUAUUUCGAAAAGCUUGUGUUUACGGGUUGAUAUUCCAUAGUUGCGUGUUGAUCUUAGGAAAUAAUUCAGCUAUGAAUCAAAGCGAGUCUAAGUUGAUUCACGAUCUCCUCUUACAAGCCGCCCGUUUGCAACAUCUGGAACACGAUGUCGACCACGGGCAUGAUCACGAUCAUGAGGAAGACCAUUCAGAGGGAAAAAAUGAUCUUAUAACCGCCAAAGUUACCGCGAUGUGUGUCCUUUUCUUCGCCUCGACAUUAUGCGGGUGCAUUCCUUUCCUGCUGAAUCGCUGGUUCAAUUGGACAAAUACUGGGAACGUGAGAUCGGCAAUAGUUGUUAAAGCCUUAUUGUAUUUUGGUGGAGGUGUUCUGCUGUGUACGACGUUUCUACACUUGGUACCUGAAGUUUCCGAGAAUAUAGAAAGUUUGCAAGACUGUGAUAUGCUACCGACACUUUCAUUCAACCUUCCGCAUCUACUAAUGUGCGUUGGAUUCUUCGCAAUGUACUUGGUGGAGGAGAUAAUUCACACAUAUAUACAUAAGCAUCGUAAGAGCGCCGAUUCCGCCCAAAAAGCCUUUGAACGUGGCCGCAGUGUUCGCAAUAGUACGUUAGUUACUGGCAGGAAGAACGGUGUGAACGCCAAAGACAAUGCCGCAUUAUCUCGCGAGGAUUUAAUUAAGGACGAUCUUGAAAAUCAGAAGUACAGCCAAAAGGAAGCCAACAAUUGCGAAGCCAUCAAUUCAUCGAAGCAAACGCCUACCAAACAUGAUUUUGAACACCAAAGUCACGUACACGGUCACGGACAUAUACAUCCGCCAAAUAUAUCUGAGAGUAUGAUCGUUUCGUCCCUACGCGGAUUGCUCGUGGUGCUGGCGCUUUCGCUCCAUGAACUUUUCGAAGGAUUAGCCGUCGGUUUGGAGUCGGAAUCGAGCCAGGUUUGGUAUAUGUUCGGAGCAGUAUCCGCUCACAAGCUGGUCUUAGCCUUUUGCGUGGGCGUUGAAUUGAUUGUAACAAGGACACGGUUGUGGUUAGCCAUCCUUUAUGUUGUAACAUUCGCAAUUGUCAGCCCCAUUGGAAUUGGCAUAGGCAUUCUUGUUAGCUCGGAAGACAAUCUCGCAUCUGCUAUCCCAUCGGCGAUAUUACAAGGACUUGCAUCUGGCACAUUGCUUUACGUUGUUUUCUUCGAAAUUUUAUCUAAAGAACGUUCUGGGCUAAUCGCUUAUGCCGCGCUCGUUAUUGGAUUUGUUGUUAUGUUUGGCCUACAAAUUGCAACAUCGAGCAGUCAUGGCCAUUCACAUUCCAGCUGUGGACAUAGUCAUUCACAUGGAGAUGAUGAUGAAAGCGGACAUGAGCAAAACGCAUUAUUAACGAGCAACGACGAGAAAUUGAAGUUAAUCAGAGAAGCGACUGAAGAAUUGGCGCAUGCAUUAUCAACAAAAGUAAAAUAGUAUUUGUACAUAUGUUUCUAGGAUUUACGAAUUGUGAGAACAAUAAAUAAGCCACGCUAAAUGUAAAUAUACAUUUCCAAUUUAUAUAUUGA